AUGGCUCCCAAGAGGCUUUUCCGCAAGCAUGCUCUUGAGCUUAUCGAAGUGGUCCUGAACUGGCUUUCAGCGACAAGCAGCGUCUCGAAGACGGAAAUUGACGAGAUGAGAGAAACGCUAGAGGAAGCCAAGAAGGCAGCUGCGCGCGACCACAAACUACCUGAAGUAGCCAUGAGCAACUUGACCCUAGAGGAGGGUGUUUACUCAUUCACCAAACCAGAGAGAGCCCUUGAGUACCUGGAAAUCGCACAUGAUGGCUCCACUAAAGCCGAAGCACAAGUCCGCGCACGCCUCGACAUAAUACUCGGAUUGGUUCUGGGAUUCGCCAAGGAAGACGGUCGGAUCGUCACUGAAAACUCGGUGUCGUGGGGCUACGAGACCCUGUUCUGGAAGACGGUCCGAAUGAAGUCUCGAGAGAAGAUGCUGUGCGGUCAAGCCGAUUACGCGCUAUGGUACGGAGCGCAGGCAAACCUCGAGACCAACCUUGUUAUUGUGGAAGCCACGUCUCGGGAGAAGCUGGGCAAGGGUGAACGCCAGUUGCUUGGCUACAUGGGCCUCGUUCACGCCAGCCGUAUCGAGCGGGGGAAGACGAAUACAACAGUCUACGGGAUCUCUACGGACAGCGUGACCUUCAACUUCUACCGUAUCAACCAAAGUAGCAAGUGGUGCUCAAGGACCAUGACCUGGGGAUAUACCCUGGAGGAGAACGAGACUAUUGUUCGUUUGCUCCUUACGAUCAUCGACUUGGCGUCAUCUCAAUCUCCACAGCAUUCCCAUGAGCAUAACUCACACGACCGUCAAUUCAGUAGCUCGGCUGGUGAGGAUAUCCCUGUGACAGACUGCUAG